AUGGCUAGUGGUUCGCGAGAAUUGCUUAGGCUGUUCGCCGCUACUAUACAAAAUGCAAGCACUCUAGCCGGUGAAAUGCGGUUCAUUGACCUGAACUCCGCUUUCAAAAUGACGUGCGAGUUACAGCAGCGUGUUGUUGAUCUUAUUUACGCACAUAAGAAGCAUCUUAUAGCCUUAGAAGCUAUCGCAAGGAUCAAGCAAGAAGACCCAGGCCCAACUACAGGUGAAGAGGUGAGCGUUCAACACGAAAAUGCUGAUACUGAAAAUUCUGAACGUGGAGAUUGUGAAAAUAUUGCUCCAGAUGAGAAUAACGAGGCAAAAAGUGGCAAUAGUCAUGUUGGUGCAUUAUCAUGUAACACAAAGAAUACAAACGAAGAAGUGAGGAAUACAGAGCCUCCUAACAGUCAAGUGAAUAAUAUAUUCGACGUCUUUGUAGCAAAUCCCUCCAAACAAGCAUGUACAUCAUCAACUGAAAAACACAGGUUGGUCUCUAUAGAAUCACUAUAUGAAGAUAUUUUCCCUGAUGGCGUUGAAAGUAGUCCGACUAAUGACAGUUCUCACUGUAGAGCUUGUCAAUUAAGAAACCAAGUGCAAAGUGGUGUGACAAUCACUAUGGUGUGCGCAGCCUGUCCGGGUUUCCCUCGUAUUUGUUCAGCACAAUGCUUUCGGUGGUGGCAUAGUGUCUAUUCACCGAAAGUUGUUAGUGAUUCACGAACAGCCGAAUCAAUUCAUGCAACAGAAGAAGAAUCGACUGAUCAAAAUAACUCGAAGUUCCAGUUAUCUAGUCAAUGCGGAGAAAAAAUAUCAGUCCAAUCACUGUCUGCAGCAUCUGAGCGUCAAGCAAACAAACGAAAAACACGACGUAAAUAUCACAGAUUUAAUCCUGUGGUCCCGCAUCCUCAUCAAGAAGCUUCCGUUUGGCCUAAACAAUUAAAAAAUAUUAUUCCGACUACUGUAAGACGUAAACGCGGUCGUCCACGAAAAACGCCGGUCUAUAUUAAUUUCAAAGAUCCUGAAUGGACACCCUAUCGGAAAUACUGA